CAUUCGUAUCUCCGCCUUUCCUUCUCCUCCCUCACCCUUCGCUCUUCACAGCCGAUCGUUUCAGACCAAACCCUCGUGCUUCUCACGUCACCAACACGAUCAUGGCCGCCUGUGGCAGCUUGAGCUCACUGUUCGAGAAGCCGAUGCCGGAAAACCCCACGCUGAUCGAUUCCCUCUCUUCCCGGAAUCAAAUCAUGCCCAACGAACCAGUCGACAACUCCUGCUUCACCGAGAUCUUCGGCGAGAUCCACUUCCAAGAGACGCCCGCGCCGCCGCCUGCCACCGCGGCCGACCGCGCCCCGUCGUUCGACUUGUCCGACCUCGACCAGAACUGCACGGGCGGCCAUGGCGACAAAUCGUCCCUGGACUCUCUUCUCGGCCUGGACAAGAAGCAGGACGCAUGUGACUCGAGCAGCAGCAGCAGCAACCGCGGCUUCCCUCCGAAGAAGUCGGACAAGCUGCAGCUGUGCACCGAACGCCUGGGGUCAGAGAGCUCCGAUGGAGUCGAUGACUUGAUGAAGGACGGCGGCGACGAGUGGAGUGGCGGUCACCGGAAGGAGAAGAUCGAUGCCGAAAGGCUUAACAGUGACGGUGGCCACCCGAGGAACUGCUCUGGUGCGAGAACGGAGCCCGGUGGGUUUCCACCGCCGAUAUCCUCGAUAGGUCGGAGCGGCAAGUCAUGGAGCUACUUCAGAUCUUUCAGGCAGAACGGAAGGUUUGUUCUGAGAGAGGUCAGAAUCCCCACGCAGGACUUGUUGCAUGCUUCACGCGAAGAUGGGCGGCUAAAACUGCAACUGCUCCAUCCCGACGAAGACGAAGAUGAUCAAGAACAAGAUGAUGAUGAUGAGGAGGAGGAGGAGGAGCAAGAAGAGAAGGGUCAACAGCUUUGACUAGUUCUUGGUGAUUGCCACACUCACAGAGAGUUCCUCCUCGAGGCAGCCUCUCUCCAUCUUCUAAUGACACAGCACAAAGAGAAAAGAAAGAAAGAAGGUGAUCAGAAGAGUUGUUCACAGAGGUUUCUUCUCAGCACCAAUAAGAAUAGAGUUUAUGUGUACUGCUAGAGACGUGAAAUUUAGGCCUGAAGAAGAAUUGCGCUUCAUAUGAAUGGAGAUUACUUGUCAGAAUAAUAAUGACUAACAUCUCUAAUCAGUUCAAAAAUAUUUAUGUUAUCAUCAAAUAUAUAUAAAUUAGAUUGUGUCUCA